AUGCCAGUCAGCUCAUUUCCCCGUGCCUUUGCAAAGUGGAGGGACAAGAUCGACGACCGCGCGUACCGCUGCAGCGUGUGCCGGGAUCUGUACAGCAUGGCGCCGCGGCCGCUGCGGGGACGAUGGCGGCUGUGGGGCACUGCGCGCACGAUUGUCGCCACUUCUGUCAUCGCUCUGCUCGCCCUCGGCCUCUCCGGUGGCCCGCCGUGGCCGCAUGUGGCGAUCGUGCUUCUGCUGGUCCUGGGCACGCGCAGCCACAGCAUUCUCUGCAUUAUUGCGCUCGUGCUAGCCUGCGUUCUGGCAACUCUGCACACGCGCGGCCUUCGGGUGGUGAUGCGUGUGGAUGCCACUGGGCGGCUGGGCUUGGCAGUCAUCCGCCAUGGCGCCCCCGUGGAGGGGGUCCGCUCAGGCAUCCUUCUGGCGGCGUCGGACGAUCUUGAGCGGUCCAUCUUCCGGCGCUCGGUGGUGCUGAUCUACGAGCACAGCCGGCGCGGCGGCGCGCGGGGAGUCAUCCUUAGUCAGCCGCUGGGGCCGAGCGAUCCGCGCGUCGUGCCUUCCCGGGGGCCAGCCGCGCUCCCCCCGGGGUCACCCCAGCUCAGCCACUUCCUGGGGGGCCCCGUUGGCAUGCCUGGGGACGGGCCAGUGCAGGAGCUAGCGGUGAUACACACACUGGCAGAGGUGCCAGGAGCGCGGCCGUUCCUUGCACAGAAUGCAACGCGCGAGGUUGGGGCCCCCGAGCUUUUCGAGGGGGGUUCCCUGACGGACGUGGUGGCCGCCGCGUCGGCGGCCGUCCCCCCGCCGGGGGGCCGCUGGGGGGUGCGCAGUAAUAGAAGCAGCAGCCAGAACAGGCAAACGCGUGUGCAUGUCUACCAUGGCAUCUGUGCCUGGUCUGAAGGCCAGCUGGAAGGGGAGUUGAGGAGUGGGUCUUGGGGGUUUACAAGUGCCAAGACGGAAGAUGUGCUCAAUGUGCCACCCGAGCAGCUGUGGUCACGCCUCGUCAAUGAGCCCUCGCGCCUGAACUGGCUGCCCCGCUGAUGUCACCCUCCCUUUCGUCAUCAUCGCUGACAGCAUCACCACCGGCUGCAGUCACAGCCCUGCAAAGCCUCUCAGGCCCUGUGCCUUGGAUAUCAUGUGCACAAGCCAAAAGAAGGGGGUGGUGCAAAGCGACCGGAUUUUGGGCAUAUACCUUCUAAAGAGAUGUGGGCGCGCGCUGGUGUCUGCGCUGAGAAGGCAGCCACAGGAAGCUGUGUUGUGGCGGCGGAUAAGAUAUUCAAAUUCAAGCGCUGCAGCGCAUGCAAGCAUAAGAUUCACGUGGUGUGCUAGCUUUACGUUCAUUUUGGUGGACGUUAAUCCAACCGUCGAUACCUAUGUAUGUCAAGUGAAAUUGCCGCUAUACUAGGAAGGGUUAUCUAGGAACAGAGCCUGAGGCCGUGAGUUGGCGCCAAUCAAGUAUCUACCCAAGCACCUGGUUUCCUGGUGCUCACGACACAGCUGUCCAUCUUCUUAUUGCUGCAACAAAUGAUCACUAGAAGUCAUUGACAUGGCCUUGAUAGAUUGCUGUGAUACAUGCAAUUCUAUAAUGGACGUUCCAGCUUCCGUGCUAGUUGGUAUGAGAUGAUGGUUUGCAGGCUCCUAAAUACGGGCAUUUUCUGUCGCAUGCUCCACGGUAAUUGAAAAGAUUUUGGUUAAUUAACAGGCACAGUGCAAGAGAUAGCUAGGUGCACUGUGUAAUAGACACGAAGGACCUUUUCUGGGCGCACUCCAAGGGAGUUGCCAUGUACAUCAGGCAUAUCUGUGAGCGCUUGUAUAUUACUAAAAUUUUUGCUGCUUGCUUUGGGCAUCACAGGAUCAGUUACAUCAUCAGAUUAUCCCAUCGGAGUUGUGUGGCUUCACUGGCAGGGCAGCAAAUGCCCCUGCCAUAGGUUGAUCUGAUGCUAUGGUACAAUGUUUUUUGAACAGUCAUAGGCAAUAUGUAAAACAGUCUUGUC